GUACUCACAAUCAGUAGACCGUGCAGCGUCAGAGCUUCUACACGUCAAAGAAAAUUCCAUGAAGAAAUAGAAAAAAAAAAAACGGAAAAUACAAAUUCACAAUUGUGCUUGAAAUGAAACACCAAGUAAUAUUCCUAUCAGCUCUAAUAUUGCUGCUCAGUUUUGUGGCCACCCAGGCUAAUUUAUUUGAAUGCGAUGAUAAAUUAGCGACAUCGGAUGCCACCAUCAUUGGCCCCAAAAUCCCGGGCAACAGCGAUGAAGAACGAUCUGGCAACAAAGUCCGAGAUGUCCUCAAGGAAUGGAGUUGCAAACUGAAGAAGAGCACAGCAAAUCUGGGUGCCAAUGUCAAGGAGAAAACCAAACAAUGGUCCGAAAAUAUUCGUGAAGGUUUCCAAAAACUCAAAGAGAAAUCCAAAGAUUUGCAAAAGAAACUUCAAACCAAAUAUAAUGAUUUGAAGGAUAAUUUGAAGAAGGAUUCAGCCGAAUCAAUGGAAAUUGGCGAAAAGAAAUUGUUAUUUAAACCGGAGGAAGUCAUUGACACCGAUGUUGUGAUAAUCGACCAGAAGUGUGGCAAUGGCUUUAUUCUGGAUGCCUUGGGAAAUUGCAAGAAAUUUCGCGAGUUUGCCGAGAUCAUUAAUUAAUUUAUAUGAGUAUUUACAACAAUAGAAAAACAAGAAGAUUGAAUAAAAUUUCAACAGAGUUGUGUGGAUGUUUUCAAUGUAGAGUAGAUAUUUUACGAAAUAAAGUGAUGUGAAAAUAAAGUGAUGUCAAAA